AUGUUCGCCAUUUAUCGGAAUAAUUGCAAUUCGGAAAAAGGUAAUUUUUCUGUUUUUUUUUUUUGAUAAAUUGAAUUAUAUAAUUCUGGUUUGUGGGUAGAACUCAAGCUUUUGAAAAAAACUUGUCUCUGUACAAUUUUGAAUUCAGACUCUUUUUAUUAAAGAGUUUGUACUUCUUUAGGGAACCUGGGUUAAAUCGGUGGGUGGCUCCAGAAAAUUAAGAAGAUUCUGGAAGUUUAGCAAAGAAUUUAAGCUUAAAUUCUCAAAGUUUUAAUUGAAACAUGACGUAUUAGCAAAAAAGUUUUCUCUAUCGGAUAUUUAAAUUUUUUUGUACCUUGACUUUCAUGGAAUAUAUGAACUAGUUUAGGUAACUCUAAACAGUUUCAGAUUUCUUUGUAGUUGGUGACGCAAAAUUGAAAACUCGAUUUUUUAAAAAACAUCGAUCCAUUGAGGAAAAAUCUCUGAAAAUGCAAAUUUCAUUUUCCAGUUUCAACAAUCUCAAAAUUUAAAAAAUAUAUCUAUAUUUUUCGUUCAGAAAAAUUAGUGUAGAUCAUUAACAAGUUGUUUCUCUCAAUUUCAGCUGUAAUUUUCUGAACACCUUUAAGUUUGAAUUGCAUGUGAAAAAAGUCUGGGAAAAUAUUACUUUGUUCCAAUUUGAUGUUGAUGUUUUUCUGAUUAUUUUUUCAGAAAAAAAACUCAUAUUUUAUUAGUCAGAUCUGCUGUCAUCAAAACAGUAAUAUUUUCCAUCUAAUCCAUCUCCCACAAAAUCCUUUAUAAACCUCUUUUAAUCUUCUUCUCGGUUUAUUUUCAUACGUUUUUUUUGGUUUGAUAAGCGUUCCGAUUAUCUUUUUCCACACUCGCUGCUUUGAAGUAUGUAUCAAUUUGAUCUUGAGCCCACAUGAAAAAUAACCAUUUUAUUUGUUUGUAUUAAUUGCGCAUUGAAAUCAAAAACUGUUUCAAUUUUCUUGGUAACUGCUCAUUUGUGCACAGAAAAAUAGUUUGUAGAUUGAAGAGAAUUUGAUCCUUCUCGCAAACAACUUUGAAGAAAAAAAGCAAAAAAACGAAAAAGAAGAAAAACAUAGUGUCUUCUGGCAGUUGGCAAAAAGAGAAAAAAUUGGAGGGAAAAAUGGCACGGAAAUAAGAUAUUAUUUGUUUGUUUGUGUGUUUGAAUGUUCGGUCAGAUCUUCGAGAAAAAAAGAAGAAAAUAAGAAAAAGAAGAAGCUUGUUGUAGUAAUUGGUUGUGGACCAAAGUUUGUAUAAGGAUCAAAAGAUUUAUGCGGAGGAGGAAUCUGAAAACAUGUCUAUGAAACAGCUGAAAACUUGAAAUGACAUUUUAAUAAUUUCAGAUGUUCUUAUAAAAGUCGAAAAUCUCAAUUUCAAAGUUUUUCUGCAAAUUUUCAAUUGGUUUGAAACAAUUUUUCGAAGAUAAAUUCCCUUGUGAAUUUUUUUUCGAUCAUAAAAAAAUCUCAUAAAUACUUAAUUUCCACCUGACGUUCUUCAGAAUUUCCAUGUUAAUAAUUUAAUCUGCGUUCGUUUUCCCAAUUUUUUGAACCAAGAAUUUUUUCGUUCUCUUUUUUUUCCGCUGCCUAGCAUCUGUCAAUUCCUUUCUUAAUAUAUAAAGACUAUUCCCAUCCAGAUGUUAUAAAUAUACUUCACUUCAAUUCUAUCUAAUUCACAUUUCUUGUGUCUUUAGUCUUUGAAAAAAAAAACAAAACCAAAUUGCAUCAUCUUCAAAGAGUUACGAAACAUUUUUUUGUUCACACGAUGACUGUACAUUUGACCAGCUCAAAAAAUCGUCAUGUUACACAAAAUGUCGAUAUCAAAACAUUUUUUGUGUUCAAUGUGAAAAAUAAAUAGAUCGUCUAUUUUUGUUCAUUUUUUGGAACGUUCAUUUGGUUUUUGGUUUUUUCAUGCAGCCAAUGAACAACAACAAAAAAAGAGACAAUAGUCGAAAAAAUUCGGAGGAAAAAAUCAAAUUUAUGUAUGUGUGUGUGUGCAGGCCCCGUUUCAAGUUUCUUUUUCAAAAAAAAUUUUUACGCGAACACAAAUACAUACGCACAAAAAUCAACAAAACUAUGAUUAGUACGUGCAAAAGCAUUGUAUGUUCUAUGAGGCGUCCGGCCUGCUUGCCACAAAAGUUUUUUGCUGUGUUUUGUUGUGUAUGACCUUUAUAAUGGAAAAAAAGCGGAAGGGAGAAUGUAGUUUUGAUCUUUGAAGAGGUAGAUGAUGAGCUGCAGAAGGCAGAGCUCUGACCUCGGAUACUCCCGCCUUCGGUAGGAUUCUCAAGUAGAGUAGAAUUUCUGCUGCUGAUGACAAUUUCCAGCGUAUUUUAAUUUCAACGAACAAGGCUUGUUUCAUAGCCUUUAUUGAUAUCCCGAAAAAAUCACAGAAAUGAUUUUCAAAAUUGACAAAAAAAACUCAAUGUUUACACUUUCCCUUUCAACAAUUUUUUUUUGUUCUCUAUCAAUUUUCACCUGAAAAUUGCCGUUCAUUGGCCUCAAAGAGAACCGACCUUCAACACUUUUUUUUCUCACCGCAAAAAGAACAAAAAAUGAAGAGAAUAGAAGUCGCCCUUUUCUAAUUAUACAACAACACAAAAAAGAGCUUCUCUUCAUUUUUUUUCAAAAACCGAAAAAUAAAUAAUUCACGCACAUUUUUUUCUUUUUCCCUCUUUGACGCUGCUGACAAGUCACGUUCUCAAUUUUUGUUAUCAGCUUUUUUUUGGAGAAGGAAAAAAUGAAGGCGAGAAAAAAGAUCGAACAUACAUAAAGAAGAAAGUGAAUUCUAUGAAUAAUAUAUUUUGUUCAGAAUUGUUGUUGAUAUCUCGAGAAAAAACCUGUGCAUUUGCAUAAUAAGCCACAAUCAAUAUGCAGAAUAUGAUUGUUUUUUUGCAAAAAAUAUGUUAAUCAAAGUGUUCCAUAGAGAUCAAACAAUGAAGUUGUUUUGGUUUUUUUUCGAACAAAAAUCUCUUGAGGGGUUCUAGAAAAAAACAUGUUAUUUAUUUAUGGUUAUUAUUUUAUGGUAAAUAACAACAUUGAAUUGGUAUAAUAACAAUUUCAUCAACAAUAAACAAAAAAAACUAUUACUGUUUCAUCCAAAUCUGGACAGGCUCGAAUAAUUGUUGAUUUCUGUUCUCUGCUAUUCCUCAUUCCUCUUCAAUAUUCCCACUAUUUCUUCUUUUCCUAAACAAAGUUUUUUAUGUUGUUGUGUGAGUGUGACGCGGCCGCCCAAAUAACACUCAAACUCACACACUCACACAUAGAAUGCAGAGGAAAAUGACAGAAAAAAAAACACACUCACAAACACUCAUUACAGUGGGCGGAGCUUGUGAAGCAACGAUGUUGAGAGAAACCUACUCGGCCUCACUUCAUUGCACCAGAGUCGCUGAAGACAUGUCCGUCGCUCCAGAAGUUGUUGCCAAGAUUGAGGAAGGCUAUGCCAAACUCCAAGUAAGUUAUAUAUUUUUUAAUAAAACUAUUGACUCACUAAUGAAUCAUGAACAAAUUAAUAAUAAAAAUUCCUUGCAGGCCGCCAAGGAUUGCCAUUCACUUUUGAAGAAAUACUUGACCAAGGAAGUCGUUGAUGAGCUCAAGAACAAGAAGACCAAAUUGGGAGCCACCCUUCUUGACGUCAUCCAAUCCGGAGUUGCCAACUUGGACUCAGGAGUCGGAGUUUAUGCCCCAGAUGCCGAGGCCUACACUCUCUUCAAGCCACUCUUCGACCCACUCAUCCAAGUAAGUUAGCCUAAAUCGAACUCAACAUUUUUCCAACGAAAAAAAACUUGAGAAAAUGUUGGGGGGUCCCGGAAAUCCUCUGGGGAACUAGAAAAAAAUAGAAUAGAGAUUGGCAGAAAACAGCUGUUAGAUUUUUUUCUCGGCACAAAAAGAUUUUCUUUUAGGAUUACCACAACGGAUUUGCCCCAUCGGCCAAACAACCAAACACCGAUCUUGGAGAAGGAAAGACCGCCGCUUUGGUCGACUUGGAUCCAGAAGGAAAAUUCAUCAACUCAACCAGAAUUCGUUGUGGACGUUCCCUUCAAGGAUACCCAUUCAACCCAUGUCUCACCGAGGCCAACUAUCUCGAGAUGGAAGGAAAGGUCAAGCAAAUCUUCAACAACAUCACUGAUGCUGAACUUGCCGGAAGCUACUAUCCAUUGGAUGGUAUGACCAAGGAAGUCCAAACUCAACUCAUUGCUGAUCACUUCUUGUUCAAGGAGGGAGAUCGUUUCCUUCAAGCCGCUAAUGCUUGCCGUUAUUGGCCAAAGGGACGUGGUAUCUUCCACAACAACCAAAAGACUUUCUUGGUCUGGUGUAACGAAGAAGAUCAUCUCCGUAUCAUCUCCAUGCAAGAAGGAGGAAAUGUCGGACAAGUGAGUUGCCAUCAAACAUCUGGAUCUUUUUAUUUAUUUGUUUACCAUUUGAUUUAUUUUUCAGGUCCUUGAGCGUUUGAUCAAGGGAGUCAAGACUAUUGAGAAACAAGCUCCAUUCUCCCGUGAUGACCGUCUCGGAUGGCUCACUUUCUGCCCAUCCAACUUGGGAACCACUGUUCGUGCUUCAGUCCACAUCCGCUUGCCAAAGAUCUCUGCCAAGCCAGACUUCAAAUCGAUCUGCGAUGGAUUGAAACUUCAAAUUCGUGGAAUCCACGGAGAACACUCUGACUCCGAAGGAGGAGUUUACGAUAUCUCAAACAAGGCUCGUUUGGGACUCACUGAAUACGAAGCCGUCAAACAAAUGUACGAUGGAAUCGCCCAUCUCAUCGCUUUGGAAAAGGCCGCUUAA